AUGCCCCAAACAAUCUUCGUGGAUGACGCUUCUCCCAACGUCAUAUAUUCCCCCUCAGAUAAAUGGGCCCAAGGCGCGACGUGCGGAGGUAACUGUCCGAUUAAACCCAAUCCUACCGCACUAAACAAUCAAACAUGGCACUACGCUACAUAUGACCCCGCACUGGACUCCGUCCCCCCUUCAAUCACAUUCACAUUCACGGCCACCUCCCUCGUCGCUCAUGUACUUCUCCCCCCAUUGGUCCCGACGGCACCCACCAGCCACGUAGAAAUUAUCUGCUUCCUGGAUGGGUUGGCGCUGCCCCCGUACUCAUAUGAUCCCUCGAGCAGCAGUGAUUUUAUUGUGUCCCUGGCGAGAUUCCCCCCGGGCGGUAGCAAUCUCUCUGUCGACCAUGAACACACGGUCCUCAUGCAGAUGGCAACUACAAAGGCGUCCGUCCUGAUUUUCGACUGCUUCGAGAUGACGGUGCCUGAGGGAGUCACUCAGGGACUCCCCGCACCUACGUCGUCACCCCCUCAGUCAUCCCCUACGAGCUCCUCCCCCCCACCGCGCUCUAAACAGAUCACGGACACCCCGUCCUCGACCAAGUUCUCAUCUGCAACUUCUCCCUCGCCACAAACAUCCCCUUCCUCAUUGUUUACGCAGUUCUCUUCCUCUCACUGGGUGUCCUCGUUCGGAGCAAGUUCAACUGCAACUGCAUCGGCGGAGGGCGCCCCUCAGUCGCGGCGUACGAACUUCAGAGCCAAUCCCACGGAUAGAGGUGCCGCUAUCAUCGGGGGCGCGGUCGGAGGUGGUGUCCUCUUGAUCGUGCUCUUUGCGACGUUUUAUGUUGUCCGCCGCAGGCGCGCUCAUGGCCGUGGCCCAAUCACUGGAGAUGAAGUUCUUCGGCAGACGCCUAGGAUGGUUACCGUCAACGCCAGAGGGAGAUCCAUCGGAGAUACCCUCCCCCGCGACCUCUUCCCGACUCUCCCCCGCUCCUCCGCGCGAUUCAAGGAGUCCUCCGAAGACCCAUACGUUGACAACGGUGGACCGUCCAACCUUGACGUAGCGGAACCCGAGAACGUUGCGCUGCCCGAUGACGUCGAUACGUCUGCUUCGGUCAUCAUGUCCGCGACGGAGACACCAUUUUCUCCAUCGCGGCGCGGAACAAUCCUAUACCACACACCGACGUCACUCCGUUAUCAAGACACAGGCAAAAAGACCACCGAAGCACGAAGGUCUCCUCAUACCCCUCCGGCUCCCCGCCGCCCUCUUCCCGCGUCCGAGGCUGAACCCGGCACGGCGGAGCGGUAUGCGCAGAUGGAGGAUCGUUCGCAGCGCAUGGCUUCUGACCCGUCAAUCCCGCGGUUUGGAGAGCGGUUGGUGGAGCAGAUGGCGGCGCUUCGGGAGGAGGUGGCCCGGAUACGGCAGCACCAACAACAUGCCCAACAAAUCGAGGCUCCGCCAGCGUAUGAUGGUGCGUGA